CUUAAUAUGAAAAAAUAUCUUUGCUUUGAAUAAUGUUUAAACACGCAAGAGUAGCUAUGACUGAUCCUACAAAGGAACUUUGUGAGAAGAUUUUUGAAUUGCUGUAGAUUAAAUGAGCUUCUGUCUGGUUUACUCAUCAAAAAAGUAGCACUGGCUCCAAACUGUGGAUUUAGUUUUUAACAGUGGAAUUGCUCUUACCAAUGAAAAUGGAUGAAUAUCUCGGUGAAAUCCUGGAAGAGUUUAUGUUCAGUCCACUGGUGACCUGGGUAAAAACAUUUGAAAACUUAGUUGAAAAUAAUGGUGAUAUAACACCACAGCACCAUGAAGUCUUUACUCUGUCAAAGGAAAUACGAAGUGAUUACUUACGGCUUGCAGAUGGACUUUUUCUAAACAAGGUCAUGAGGCUCAUAGACCCAAAUCCUAAGAAUGAGAGAAUUUACCGGAAUGAGAAGAAUGAUGAUGAUGCAAGAGUACGAAACCUUAACAUACUGGUCCAGCACAUUAGAACUUUCUAUCAGGAGGACCUCCAGCAACUGAUUUUAAUGCCUUUCCCUUCUGUUCAUGUUCUGGCUAAGGAACCCCUCACAGAACGUGGCAUUGAAGAGAUGAAAAGACUGCUUCUGCUGUUACUAGGCUGUGCUGUUCAGUGUGAAAGGAAAGAAGAGUUCAUUGAUCAAAUUCAGACUUUGGACAUCAGCACUCAAGCUGCUAUAGCCAGUUCUAUUCAAGAGGUUACUCAGGACCAGAAGAACAUGCUGCUGCUUCAGUGGGCAGAGUUUGCCAAAGGAGACACUGAGUUCAUUUUCCAGAAUAUGACCUCACAGCUGAAGCAGCUUUUGAAAGAACGGGAUGAAAACCUUGAGGUAAAAUAUAAAAUAACUGUUAUGAAUCAGGAGAGAGAGGGUUUGCCAUCUCUGCAGUCUCCACAAUUUCAUAGCUUUGAUGGGAAUAGCAUUUUCCAGAAUGCUGGUCUAGGGAGUGGAGAAAACAAACAACAUCUCACUGUCCAGCUUGCAGAUUCAAAAGCAAAACUUCGAAGACUACGGCAAGAGCUGGAAGAAAAGUGUGAGCAUCUUUUGGACUACAAGCAAGUAGUCCAGGAUUUGGAAGUAGAGUUAAAAAAACUACGUCAAGAGAACAGAGAUCUGCUGAGUGAUGCUCGAUUGGCAAGAAUGUACCGUGAUGAGCUGGAUAUUGCUAGGGAGAAAGCUGCUCGACUAGAACGAUUGCAGAAUGAAGUGAAGUUGUACAAGGAGCGGUUACAGAGCCUGGAGUUUUACAAAAGCAAACUGGAGGAGGAGAAGGAGUAUUCAAAGGCUUUGCUGGAGACAAAAGCAAUGCUGGACGAAGAGUUAGAGACUGCACGUGCCAAGAGUGACAAGCUUCAUGAGUUAGAAAAAGAGAACCUCUUUCUAAAAUCCAGAAUGAAUGACAUGGAAAUGGAACAAGAUAUGGAGAGACAGAGGAUGCAAGAUCUUUUCGAAGACAAUCUGAGUUUGGAGGUAGAGCUAAAGCGUAGUAUGAGUAAUGCCCGGCAACUUCAGCAGCAUCAGUGGGAUGAGGAGGAAGAUCAGGAGAAGGACCUGAGUCUACAUGGUGAAGUUGCACUAAAACCCUUUAGUUGUGAAGUUGAUGAGGUAUCUGCAAAUCAGCUGCUGAUACUGGAGCGAGAGAAUCAAGCCAUGCGCAAGAAGAUGUUAACGCUGGAGGAGACAUUGAAGGCACAGCUGGAGAAGGACAAAAGGAUAGAUGACACUGAAAAAGAGAAAGAGCACCUCAGCAAAAUGCUAGAGAAACUGCAGGCUGAGCUACAUGGGGAGAAAAAGAGCACCCAAAAUGCAGAGGAACUAAGCAGCGACCUAAUGAAAGAAAAAGAAAGACUGGAGAAAACUAUACAGAUGAUCCAUGACCAGGCAGAAAGAGAGGUCUUAGAUCUUAAAAUGGAAAAUGAGCACUUGAUUCAGACACUGGAAUCCACCAGGCAGCGAUCUCAGAUCAGCAAUGAUGCCAGAGUAAAAGAUAUUGAAAAAGAAAAUAAAGUGCUUCAUGAUACUAUCAUGGAUACUAGUGUUAAGAUGAACAAACUAGAAUUUGAUAAGAAACAGCUCUUACGAGAUGUACAAGAGUUGAAAGAAAAGGUGUCAAAAGGCUCUGCAAUCGAACAGGAGCUUGAGCGCAUUGAGAAAGUAAAUGAACAACUUCAGAAAAAGAUCGUGGAUCAGAAAAUAAUGUGUGAUAAGGUUGCACUUUUUGAGGAAAAGACAUUAGAACUAGAAUCAGAAAAUGCAAAACUUAAACAAUCUUUGGAAGAUUUUGAACUUCAAGUAAAACAGCUGGAGGCUCUGGAGCAGGAAAACAGACAGUUAGAAGAGGAGAGUCUGCAGUUACAAAGAGCACUGGGAAGACAAAAGUUGGAAGCAGAAAUGAUGAAUCAGCUUGACCAAAAGAACAAGGAGCUAGAAAAAGAAAAGUCACAACUCAAGAAAAAUUUAGAACUUUUGAAAGUCUCUGCCAGAAAAGGUGAACAGUUGGAGAUGAACUAUCUUAAUCUCCAAGUUGAGAACCAGCAGGGCCAAAAAAUGUUAGAGACAAUGACAAAGAAAGCUGAAGAACGUGAAUCUGAAUUACAGGAAAAAGAAAAUGAAAUUCAGACCUUGCAGAAAAGCCUAGAAGAACAGAAGAAAAAUACCAGACAUCUUGAGCAAGAAAAACAAACUCUUCAGUUUGAACUUGGGCAGGCAGAAAAGGACAAAAAACAUCUAGAAAAAGAAAAAGGUCGGCUGCGUCAGCAAAUUGAUGUAAAGGACUCCACCCUAGACGAACAAACUCUCCGAAUCACUAGCUUAGAACAAGAAAAUAAGCUACUUUCCAUGGAGAUAUGCAAGUUAAAAGAAUUAGAUGGGCAGCUGAAAGAAAUGGAGAAGGAAAUUAAGGAAUUACUCAACAAAACAGCUAUUGACAAAAAAACAUUGCUAAGCCUCCGUGAGGAGCUAGUAUCAGAGAAAGUGAAGGUACAUGAAAGAAACAACACUAUUGACAAGUUAACUCAAGAGCUAGAAAAGAUAGGACUAAGCAAAGAUCGUCUUCUGCAGGAGAAGCAGUGCAUUGAAGAAAGUAACUAUAAAAUGCUGGAACAUAAGCUAGAAUCAUCCUUCAAGAAAACAUUGGAAAUGAAAGAAGAGCAGAUUAUGGCACUCAAGGUUCAGACUCAGAGCUUAGCUACCCUGAACCAGCAACUUACUGAAAAGCUACAAAAGGUCAUGCAAAAUAAUGACAGCCUACGACAAAGUGAAGACAUUCGUCAAGCAUCUCUUUUGGUUUCAGAAAAGGCAGAAGAGUCCAAGAAUAUAAAACAGCAGAUAGUGCAACAUUCUAUUGAUUAUGAAGUAUGCAACAGGCUUACUGAGCCAAAAACACAUGAUAAAUUAAAUGAUGACUACCAGCAACAUAUGGAAGAAACCUGCAAAAGAAAUCUUUCACUUACAGAAAAGGCAGAAGAGACCAAGUGCAUGAAGCAACAGACACAGCAGAAUUCCAGUGGUUAUGAAAUAAGCAACAAGGUUGCUGAGCCAGAGAGAAAUGAUAAAUUAAAUGAUGACUACCAGCAACAUAUGGAAGAAACCUGCAAAAGAAAUCUUUCACUUACAGAAAAGGCAGAAGAGACCAAGUGCAUGAAGCAACAGACACAGCAGAAUUCCAGUGGUUAUGAAAUAAGCAACAAGGUUGCUGAGCCAGAGAGAAAUGAGAAGGAAAACAGUAAUGUACCACAUCAAGAUGGUAAUAUAUCCGGGGAAUCUCCUCUUCCUGAAAUCAAGACAGAUGAGCUCAUUAAGGUUAAAGAGCAAGCAAUUCCUGAGUCCAGUACAGACAAAGUAUGCAGUGCACUAAAUAAAGUCAAUCAGAAUGUACAGCAAAGUAGCUCAAGCAUAGAAGGGACAAAAGACAUUUUUGUAUCAUUCCCUUCCCAGACAGAAAGAAGAGAAUUACCUGAGAGUGGUAAGCAUCAGAAAGGAUUGGAAGUAGCCGAAAACAAAGAAUGCAGCAGGAAAGGAGAAACAGAGCAGAGUACACCUCAAAGCAAUAAAAUCCGAGAAGAAAAUAAAGAACUUUUCCAAGCAUCUCUUUCUGAUACGGAAAUGGUAGACGUUUCUAAAAACAUCAAGCCACAGAAAGACAGUGAUAUCACUGGAAAUGGAAUAUGUGAAAGACCUACAGACGUACAACAAACAGCCAAACAAAUCAAUGAUAAUCUGCAGCAGAAAGAAAACACUUCUGGAACAACUCCAGGUCAAAAAGAAGAGACAGAAAGGCCCAACAUGAUGAAGUCACAGACGACAAAGCUCGAGACAGGAGUGAACAGUGUCCUUUCUAAAGGAGAUCAAAAUGUAAACUGUGAGGUGGAACAAAUAAGCAACAACCUUAAUCAGAAAAAAGAAGAAAAUUCCCAAAUAAAAACUGCAGAAGAAUCUGAGAGCACAAAGCUAUUUCUGGAUCUUUUUAGAGAUGGACUCAGUAACAGACUUAUUGAUGUGGAAAGAAAUAAUGCUGCACUUCUGGCUGAAAAGCAAGCUCUGAAUAACCAACUGAAGCAACUAGAGGUUCAAAAUGAAAAUCUGUUUUCACAGAUCAUGGCACUACAGAAACACGCUCUCUCCCUGCAAGAGCAAACAGCUGGUCAGCAGGCCCUCAACAGCAGGCUUCAGGUGGAAAAUUCUAACUUCAGUUCCCAGAAUGCAGCACUGAUGGCUCAGUCUAUGCAGGCACAGACUAAACAGGCAAGUGUCGAGGGAGAAAAUAAGGCUUUGUUGAAAGAAAAGGAAGAGAUGAAGAGUAUGUACGAGUCACUUUUCAAAGAUCAUGAGAAACUAAUCCUGCUACAUGAGCGCCAGGAGGUGGAGUUUGAGGCAACAAUCGAUAAACAUGGCAAGCUGAAAGGAAUGCUGAGGAACCUAGAACAGCAACACAAGGAGCUGGAAGGAAGAUAUGGUGAGCUGCUGGCACAGAAGAACCAACUAGAAGAAAAGGAAGCAUCACUAAAAGCAGAACAAGAGAAAUUAGAGAAGGAGGCAAAGAAAUACAGAUCACUUGAUGAAAACUUCCAAAGGAUGAAGGAAGACUUUGACAGGUUGAACAAGACACACAGCAAUGUUUUGGGAGAGCAAGAAGUGCUUCAAAUAGAGAAUAAAUCUCUGAAAAGCCAGCUCAACAGCUUACAGCUGGAGAAAACCAGACUGGAGGCGGACUAUCGAGGACUGAAGGAACAAAAUCAGCAACUAGACAUCAGUGCUACAAAACUCACAAGUCAAUGUGAGCUUAUGGCCCAACUGAAAAGCAACCUUGAAGAAGAAAAUCGUCACCUUCUUCAUCAGAUCCAGACUCUUAGUCAAGAGAACCGCACUUUGCUGGAAAAGACUAUGGAAAGCAAGGACCAAUUCUUUGAGGAACAAAGGCAACACAUGGACAAGUUGAAUGAACUCCGAAGAGAGAAGCAGAAACUUGUGGAGAAGAUUAUGGAUCAGUACAGGGUACUGGAUCCUAAUAUGACUGUGAUGGUACCAAAGUCAAAAAAGAGUAACUGGAUUGCAGACAAGAUGAAGAAGUUUAUCAAGCCCCGGAAAGAGAUGAACAAGGACAACAUUCAAGCACGAUUUCUUAAUAUGGGCAGCACAGAGAAUAUUGCCAGCUUUGUUAAUCAAGACGGCUUUGAGCAGUGCAUGACUCAGCCAAGUAGGCAGCACCAAGGAUCAGAAAUAACCUUUAUGCUUCAAGAUUCAAGUGCUCCAAGUUCUCCAGCUUCAAUACGCAAGGCCAUUAGUAUCCAGAAUCUAAAUUCUAAUUCACCCAAACUACGUACCAGAUCUGGCCGUCGAUUCAGUUCUCGUUUCAUAGGGUCUGAGUCUUUCAGCCCUGGAGACAAUCAAACAGCCCGUGAUCGGUUCCGCCAGCGACGCAUUGGAUGGUAUGAGGGCCUAAAAGCUGAAACCAAAGAGGAGGAGAAGAACACCAGCACCAAGUCUUCACCAAGUCGCUCCAGUGUUACCAGCAGAGACAGCGAUGUCAGUGAGGAGAUUAAAGGGCUGCAGAGGAAGCUGGAGACUAUGUUGUCAGGCAAUUGGUGCAAGGCUGAGAAACAAUCCUGGGCAGCAAAAUGUGUCAGCAAUUAAGAAAAUCACCAAUUUGUCUAACAGCUUGUCUUUGAGAUGUGAAAGGAAAUCAGCACCAAGAGAAAAUCCAAGCAGACACAGGAAGGACAUGAAGACUAGGUACAGAAGGUACCU